UUUUCAUAUCCAUUUGACCUUCUUCCCGUAGCGAGCAAGGUUGAGACUUUGAGAUAGAGAGACAUACAGCGACAGUGCCUCAGGGAGCGAGUUUUAGCGGUGGCUGAUGGCGGCGGAUGGAAGGCAGGGUGUGAUGGUGGUGCAGCCACCGGCUACUAAUCUCCUCGCGCAGCUUCAGUCGCGGUUCAAGGACGUGGAGGCCGGAUUCCGAUCAUGGCUGGCGAAGCAACCUCUGCCGGUGGAGGCUGCAGUUGUUACCAGCACCGGCGCAGUCCAGGGUGCUGCUAUCGGCGGCCUCAUGGGUACCCUAACGUCCGACAUGUCUUCCAGUUUCCCCUCUCCUCCGCCCCAAGCAGCUGGGCUCAGUCCCCAGGCCAUGUCUUCUCUCAAGCAAGCACAGGCUUUUGCAGGAGGUCCCUUGGUACAAGCUCGAAAUUUUGCCGUCAUGACAGGUGUAAAUGCAGGUAUUUCUUGUGUCAUGAAAAGGAUAAGAGGGGUUGAGGAUGUCCAAAGUAGCAUGGUGGCGGCUUUUGGUUCAGGGGCAAUGUUUUCUUUGGUGAGUGGAAUGGGAGGCCCAAAUCAGGCUGUCAAUGCUGUCACAUCAGGAUUAUUUUUUGCUCUUGUUCAAGGUGGCCUUUACAAGGUUGGCCAGAAAUUUUCACAGCCACCUGCUGAUGAUAUUUACUACAGACGAACCAGAAAUAUGUUGACUAGUCUUGGCCUAGCGAACUAUGAGAAGAACUUCAAGAAAGGCCUGCUCACAGAUACCACUCUUCCUCUUCUCACAGACAGUGCUCUUAGAGAUGUCAAGAUUCCUCCUGGUCCAAGGCUUCUCAUUCUUGAUCACAUCCAUAGGGAUCCUGAGUUGAAGAAAGGAAGAUGAUGAAGUUGGAAGUAACACAACCAACAAUGCACUGGAACAGUUAUUUAGAACUGAAAGUCUUUGGCACAGAAAUACUUUGUUUUCUUAUAUUGUUUAAAUUAUCACCAUCUAUGAAUUGCUUCAA